AUGGGGAACUUAUUUUAAAAAUAUUAAAUUAGUUAAAAGCUUUAGAUAAUAAUGAUUGGAUUAGAUGCAGCAGGAAAGACUACGAUUUUAAACUAAUUAAAAUUAGGAAAAGUAGAAAAUAUUACACAUACAAUUGGCUUUAAUUUGAAAAAACUAAAAAGUAAAGAAUUAGACAUUGUUUGUUGGGAUAUUGGAGGAUCAGAUAAAAUGAGAUUACUAUGGAAACAUUAUUAUUAGAUUACAAAAGGAUUAAUUUUGUGUUGUGGAUAUUACGGAUUAAGAAAGAAUGAUAGAGGUUAAAUAAUGGUUAUAAAAACUAUUGAUUGA